UGUCCUAAAGAUUGUUCACGACACGGGUCGUGCGUGUACAACUUUUGCGUGUGCGACACAGGAUACACGGGCUUUGACUGUUCCAACGUCUCGUGCCCGGACGACGUGUGUUAUUUCGACUACCUGGGUCACUCGCAAGUGUGCGACCAGUGCAAUAAUCGCGGUAUUUGCAACGGGUUCACCGGAUCGUGCGAGUGCCAGUUCCCGGCGUCGGGGGAAUCGUGCCGCGCGUUUGACUGUUUGAACGACUGCAACGGCAACGGCAUCUGC